AUGCAGCGCAACAUCGUCAUCUUCCUCAUCAUCCUCAUCCUCUUCAUCCUCAUCGCCGCCAUCGCAUACCUCAUCUACUACCUGCAGACGCGCAUGGCUGUCGGCGGCACUGCGUCGUCCGUCUCUGAUAUGACUGAGAACACACACACAACACAAGGGAACACGGAGACACGAUACACCAAGAGAAAAGAGGAACAAAAAGACAUUAUUACGACGACAUGA